UCCAAACACGCCCUUACCUCCUUACGUCAUCCUUCCAUCCCUUAUCCUACGCACCCCGUCCCGUUUCUAGGAUCCACAACAUUCCAAACAUUCCCUACCCCCUACACUAACUAAUACUCCCACGUGUCGGCCUAACCUCCUUCCACGUCACCACAGUUCCCUCCCACCUUCUUCCCUCCGCGGUCAGCUUAGUGGCUUUAGCUCUCAGCUUGAUAGCUUUACCACAUUUCCUCACUUUCGCUAGGGUUUGUUAGUUUCUUUUGUUUGCUAUCUGUAUCCCCGUACGGACAACCAACCGACGGCGACGAAGAUGGGGUCGAUCCCCGAUCCCGGCGAGUUGACCGAGUUGACUGCUCCUCCGCCGGCGAGCUUCGACGAGUUCCAGAGGCAGACGUCACUGAUGACGAGCUGUACUCUCCUCUGGAAGGAGCUCUCAGACCACUUCCUAUCCUUGGAGCAGAAUCUCCUCCAGAAAUCGGAGGCGAUCAAGCGCAAAAUCCAGGCCCUAGAGCACGAGACCAAGGAGAGUCUUGACGAGCUGGAGCAGAGAGAGAUCACCAUCAACCUGAGCGUCGAGAUCGCGCUAGUCAAGGUCGAGGAGACCAAGAAGGCCGCGCUCAAGGUCCUGAAGCGGGCCCGCUCCGACGACGAGUACGGCGAGGUGGACAACAGCGAGGGCCUGCUGAUGGAGAUGAAGUCGCUGUGCUUGAAGAUGGAUUCCGGGAGAUUCUGGAGGUUUGUGACCGGGAGGAAAAAGGAGCUGGAAUCUCUGAGGGCGCAGAUGUCUUUGGCCUUGGCGGAGUGCGCGGAUCCGGCGAGGUUUGUGCUGGAGGCGAUCUCGGAGGUGUUUCCGGUGGAUAAGAGGUCGGAGAAGAGUGAUAGGGGGAAUGAUUUGGGCUGGGCUUGUGUUCUGGUGCUGGAAUCGUUGAUUCCGGUGGUGGUUGACCCCAAAAUUGGGAAGUCCAGGCUGUUGGUGACGCCGAGCGUGAAGAAACGCGCCAAGGAGAUUGCGGAGACUUGGAAGAAGAGCUUGGAGGAGAGAGGUGGGAUUGAGAAUGUGAAGACUCCUGAUGUUCAUACAUUCCUGCAGCAUUUGGUGACUUUUGGGAUUGUGAAGGAGGAGGAUGUGGAUUUGUACAGGAAGCUUGUGGUUAGUUCGGCCUGGCGCAAGCAGAUGCCUAAGCUCGCUGUUUUGCUUGGACUGACCAAGAAAAUGCCCGAUAUGAUUGAAGAAUUGAUCAGCAGGGGACAGCAGCUUGAUGCAGUGCAUUUCAUUUAUGAAGUUGGCCUUGUCCACAAGUUUCGUCCUGUUCCUUUGCUGAAAGCUUUCCUGAGAGAUGCGCGGAAGGCCGCAGCUUCUAUUUUGGAAGAUGCCAAUAGUCCUGGGAAAGCUGCGAACUUAGCUGGGCGCAAAGAGCAGUCAGCACUCCGAGCUGUCAUCAAGUGUAUUGAGGAUUACAACCUUGAAGCAGAGUUUCCUCCAGAAAACCUCAAGAAGCGCUUGGAGCAGCUAGACCAAAAGGUGAAACCUGAGAAGAAAAAGCCCGUUGCAGCCCCUGCCAACAAACGUACACGAGCCAACCAUGGAGGUCCCAUGCCUCCGGCCAAAGCUGGGCGCUUGGCAAAUGCAUAUGUUUCUUCUUUCCCUUCUCCUCCUACAUUUGUCCGGUCUCCAUCCCACGCUCAGUAUCCGGUUGGGUUCUCCCCAUACCAUUCCCCACCGACAAUGUAUGGCAGCAGAAGCCCACAGACCAACUCUUAUGGUAGCCCACAGACCAACUCUUAUGGUAGCCCACAGACCAACCCUUAUGGAAGCCCACAGACCAACCCUUACGGAAGCCCUCAGACCAACCCUUAUGGAAGUCCACAAACCAACCCGUAUGCAAGCCCACCAGCCAACCCUUAUGCAUACUCACCGGAAGCAGCCAGCCCUUAUGCAUACUCACCUGAAGCUGCCCCUCCACAACUUGCUGGACCUUACCCAGGAGCUCCCAUGAACUAUCCUGUAUACAGUGCUUAUGGCAAUGGCAUGGCACCAGCUUAUCAGCAGGCUUACUACAGAUAGAUAUGACAACUCUUUGAAGAUGGUAACCACUGAUAUGAUGACUCCUGAAUCUCAUCUACUUUUAUAAUGGCUUGUUUGUAAUCUCUAACCGUUUAAUGGUAGCGAUGUCUGUGUGUUAAUCAUGAAAUUUCUCAUGCUUCUUGCUUUUCACGCGGUGGGAAGUUGUAUUUCUAAUGUUGAUCAAACCUUUAGUACUAGAUGAAUGUGAAAAGUUGUAGGAUGACUUGAAAACAUCAAAUCAAGGUACCACUGCUGUUGUUCAGUUUAGUUGUAGAA